AUGAGUGAUCUAAUACAAAAUUAUAAUAACGAAGCACAAUAUAUUUCAGAUACUUCCGAUGAAUAUACUUUCGACAAAGCAAAAUCUUCAACAAUUAAUCAAAAAAAACGAAAAUAUACCAGAGGUAAAAAAGAUGAUGAAGUAUGGAACGAUGUUGUUAAAGGUGAUAGUUUAGGACAAGGAUUUUAUAAGGCAAACUGUAAAUGGUGUUCUUUAAAUUGGUCUAGAGGACAUCCACAAGAAAUGAAAGUUCAUUUGGCUAGAAUUUGUAAUAAUGUACCUGAGAAUAUAAAAAUAAAAUGGCGAGAAAAUUUAGCAGACAAUAUUUCAAAACCAAUAAUUUGA